GGGCUCAAAGGGAGGAAACCACAUCACUGCUGCGUCGCCUUCUUCUUCAUCAUCGGCGCCUCCAUUUUCAUCUUCCUUAUUCUAGAGAGAGAAGCUAGAGAGAGAAAGGGGAAGAAAUGUUGGACAUCAACCUCUUCAGAGAAGACAAGGGCCACAACCCUGAAAUCAUCCGCGAGUCCCAACGACGUCGUUACGCCAACGUUGAGCUCGUCGACGAAGUCAUCCACCUCGACAAAGAAUGGCGCCAGCGUCAAUUCGAGUAUGAGAAUCUCCGUAAGGAGUUCAACAAGAUCAACAAACAAGUUGCUAAGCUCAAAAUUUCUGGUGAGGAUGCAAGUGAAAUGAUCAAGAGCACAGAUGAGAACAAGAGGUUAACUGCCAAAAAAGAAGCUGAAGUUCAGGAGGCUUUAGCAGCACUGAACUCAAAAUUGGAAAUAAUUGGAAAUCUUGUUCAUGAUUCAGUUCCAGUGAGCAACGAUGAGGCAAAUAAUGCUGUUAUUCGGUCAUGGGGUGAGAAAAAAGUGGAGCCAAAACUAAAGAAUCAUGUUGAGCUUGUUGAACUUCUUGGAAUUGCAGAUUUGAAGAAAGGUGCUAAUAUAGCAGGGGGUAGAGGUUUCUACCUGAAAGGAGAUGGUGUACGUCUUAAUCAAGCCCUCAUCAACUUUGGUCUUGAUUUUUUGGAGAAAAGGGGAUAUACAGCAUUGCAAACUCCAUUCUUCAUGAGAAAAGAUAUCAUGGCAAAGUGUGCUCAAUUAGCACAAUUUGAUGAAGAACUUUACAAGGUAACUGGUGAGGGAGAUGACAAAUAUCUGAUUGCAACAGCCGAACAACCCCUCUGUGCUUAUCAUUUGGAUGAUUGGAUACAUCCUUCCCAGUUACCCUUAAGAUAUGCUGGAUAUUCAUCUUGUUUUCGUAAAGAGGCUGGAUCGCACGGUCGGGAUACUUUGGGAAUAUUUCGAGUUCACCAGUUUGAGAAAGUGGAGCAGUUCUGCAUUACCAGCCCAAAUGGAAAUGACUCUUGGGACAUGCAUGAGGAAAUGAUUAAAAACUCAGAGGACUUUUACAAGAUGCUAAACAUUCCCUAUCAAGUUGUUGCCAUUGUUUCUGGUGCCUUGAAUGAUGCAGCUGCAAAGAAGUAUGAUUUGGAAGGAUGGUUCCCUGCAUCCCAGACUUACAGAGAGCUGGUCUCGUGUUCAAAUUGUACCGACUACCAGUCCAGAAGAUUAGAAAUUCGAUAUGGACAGAAAAAGAGCAAUGAGCAGAUAAAGCAAUAUGUUCACUUGUUGAACUCUACCCUCACAGCAACUGAGAGGACCAUCUGCUGCAUCCUUGAGAACUACCAGAAGGAAGAUGGUGUUGAGGUACCAGAGCCUUUGCGACCGUUCAUGGGUGGAAAGACCUUCCUACCUUUCCAGACCAGCCCAGCAACAGAAGCCAAAGGGAAGAAAUCCAAGGCCUAGAUUCUCUCUUAAAUUCACCAUUACAACAUUAGAUUUAAUGCCCCCCACUUUCACCUCCACCCAAAAUGAACAAUACAGUUGAAAUCCUAAAUUAAUGGAGUCAUGUGGACUUCAACAGUUGAUUGAUGUGUUGCUAAACUGUAACCCAUAUUUAAGGUCAAUACUGUUGGAAAGGGGUAGGAAUCAAAAUAGUAUUUUGCCACUCAUUCAUAUGUAUCUGGGUAUGUGAUUUUUUUUUCCUUUUAUAUUGUUGGAACUUUUCCAUUUGAAUGUUGUAUUAAAUGACAAUCAUUCAUCAUCUUGUGCCUUUAA